AUGGAGGAACGAUCUGGUCUCUGUCUUGCACAAACCGGGGACCGUUCUCAUCACUGUUCUAACUCACAUAUUGGCACUCUGGUUGUCCUUAAAACAAGUACGACUAACGUUUCGAAUACUUGCACUGCUGCGACUGCCAGAAAUCGCAAUCUUGCGGCAGUUGAUCCAGUCGAACAUCUAUCUGGUGCUUCUUGCCAUGGUGGCCUGCUUCGUGUGGUUGGACCUGGCUGUCAUCAGGCAUCUGACCGGCCAACUCCAGUCCCGUUUCGGGGAAGUCCUACCAGAGAUAUGGAGCAGAUGCCUGGGUCAUCGUCUACCUCAUGA